AUGUCUGUAAAAGUAUUUCUGGCGAUUUGCUGCUCUUUCUUCUGUAGUGUUGCAGUAAGUGUUAGGGCAGAUCUCCCAGAAUAUUGCGGACCGCAAAACUAUGCCUACACUCCGCUAAGAAAAGAUCCACGAGGAGAAUUUACCCUGAAGCAAGUCCACGUCGUUAUAAGGUUUGUAGCUAGCGACGUGCAAAACAACAUGUGUUAUGUUAAUUUUUAUUCCUCUUAGCUUUUAACUAUGUUUAAGACAAAUAAUAUGAGGACAGUUAAUGGUAAAUCUUAGGUACGUUCUGUUUGGGGAGAAUUUCCGUAUAUUUCUUUAUGAUAAUUACCAUAAAAUUUUGUACAGUCGUCACGCAAUUUGCAACUAAAAUCUUUGCUUUAAUAUUCGGAUCGAAAGCAAAUGCACUUUUAUGUCAUAUGUAAGUAUCAUACUGUAUCCAUCUAUGCAUAAAUCUCCAGUUAUUAUUAUUAUAUCUUGCCAAAGUCACUGCUAAAUUUCGUUAAUGGAACUUGCAACAGGUAAUUUGAGCUCAGGCUAAAAUAAGAGCUUAAAAGAUACAUGAUCCGGAAGAACCGCUUAAAAUUUAAAAAAGUCGUCAUGGUUUCUGAGAAAUUUUAAAAUCAUUUAAGCUCUUAUGUCUUGUUUGGCCUAUUGGUUUUCUUUUUCGAGCUUUUUCUACGUCAAGUGUUUAAACUUUUGAGAAAGGGGUGUGGUGAUUUAGACUGACCCUUACAGAUGUACCUAUCAUGUGACUCAUUGAAGUAAAUUGAAAGUGUGCCAUAAUGUAUUUUUAUUUACUUAAAAGGCAAUUUUUCUUUUUUAAAAUCUCUUGUCAGUUUUUAAUUUGAAUGCUGUGGGUUAACUAGAUAGUCAACCAGUAAACAGGGAAAAGUGUGAAAACAAAAAUCCAAGUUUUACUUUCCAGACAGAACGCAGCCACAUCCUUGGGGUUUGACCACAGGCACACUUCAUAUGCAGAGAUUGCAUUAUGUAGAAAUAACAGGCUGACUGAAAAUUUAACAGUUGAGAAUCAUUGUCUUUAUCUUGAUUCUUGCAAAUAGCUGUAUUAUUGUUUUUUAUUCAUUUAUUAUUUAUUUUUAUUUGUGUGCUUUUUUUGCUAGUUAUCCAAGGGUGGAAUGUUUUCAUGACCAUUUGCUGACCCUAAGUUUGCAUUGAGCGUGAUUUAAACAUAGGAGGGUGUGGAUGGGGAGUUCCAGACAGAAAUGAUUGGUUUGAAGCAGUUUCAGUGAUUUAUUCAAGUGAAUAUUUAGAAUUACAGUUACCAGAAAUGGUCAACUUAAUCUGCAUAAACUGUUGGCCAGAGCUGUAGUUGAUCUGGGCAAGUGAUACCCCUAUUUAGUGGCGAGCACCAUGUGGGACCCCCAGAGGAAAAAGGACUUCUUGAUGAGGAGACUAAGCCCCUGUUUGCACUACACAAAAUUUUGUUUGUUUUGCAAAAAAAAAAUAAAAAACCCCUCAACAGGAGACCAUUUCUAGUGCAAAUGAUCUUUUUCACCUAAAAAAUUUCUCAACUGUUACCAAACUUCAAAGGCCUAGAAUUUUUUGUCAGGUGACAAAAUACUAUGUUCCGUGACAGCUCCUUUGCUGGGUCAUCUUAUUUCGCUAACAUAACCAAUUAACCCUUUAAGUCCCAAUAGUGACCAACAUCAAUUUUCUCCUUAAUGAUAUCCAUACAAUGUCAAGAGGUUAGGUUAUGAGAAUUAAUUAAAUGAUCACCAAAGAGAAAAUGCUUUGAUCUUUUCUCAAAUUCUCUUAACUAAUUCUGUAAGGAAAUGUAUGGAGAUCAGUUUGGAGAAUUUGUAUGUGGAUAUUGUGGCUUAAAGGGUUAAAGUUCCUAUUAAUUUAAUUGACGUUUCUGGCUAUAUGAAAAAUUUAACGUGCUCACGAUGCAAACAAGGUUGAAAAAACAAAACUUGGUAGUAAUAUUACAGACUGUCAAGCCUUCAGGUACUGACAUCUCUCAAAUAUGGACUCUUUCUAAUAUGGACAAUGGACACUAAAUCUCGGCCCCAAAGGGUAAAUUCAUGUAAACUGUACUUAUCCUCUUUAUUAUGGACACUGCGGUGAUCAGGUGAGUUCCGAAUCUCGAUCAGGUGAAUCUGCACAGGGUGAAUCCUGUCUGGCUGAUGAGGUAUGCAAGGUGAUUUCAAAAGCCCAGUCACUGUUUAUCAAGCAAUGAUUUGCGAAAGGUGUACAGAGGAACAUAACCAACUUUUUUAAUUAGGCUGGAAUAACUACAGAUAGCAUAAAGAUCUUUUCUGUUACACCUUGUACUCUAGUUACUGUUUACUGCAUUUGCAAAAUAGUGAAAUACGCUUUCAGAAUUGUGCUUUAAUAUGUUACAACUUUUUACAUGCAGCAUUGCGCUGUGAAAGUCCAGUAACCUGAACAUGGUUUGUGAUUUAGAACUGCAUCAACCCAUGACUUGUUUUGGCACAAUUCAGUAAAGUUACGAUUAUUAGCAUAAUAAUUUGAUGGGUUUAUAGAAAACUUUUGUUAGAGCCAAUCAAUAAAUGAACCUUCCUUUGUCAGUAAGGCAAGCUGAGAACAUUAAUGACUCUUUUUAGUUAUAUAGUCAAGACUUUCUAUCUUCCAUGACAUUCUUUUAAGAUUUUAAGUACAAUUUUUACAGGGUAUAUUUUUUACAGCGUAUUAUAGAUAUUUUUUUAUACUAAAGAUUAGCCAACAGUUUUUUGUAAUUGCUGGCAAUAUAAGUAAUAAAAUAAUAUUGUUGUUGUUUAUUAAUCAGCAUAUUUUUACCCAUAGACAUGGUGAUAGGACAAGAGCUGGGGCCAGUCCUUGUUGGGAUAAUGACACUGCUGAAUGGGAUUGUCUACUAUCUUCAGCUUCCAUUCCUACUAUCAAACAUGAUACUCAUGAUAUAGAAGUUGCACGUGUUUAUAGAGAUGGUAAAGCACUACAUACAUGUAGUUGUAGACUAGUAGUUUGUCACUAUGGUGAAGGGGGGCCGGCUUUUUUGAAAAAUAUUGAUUGGCUUUUUGCUUUAAGCUAGUUUAGAACUUCGUAUCCGUUUUAACUGAGGUAAAUGCACUGUCUUUUAAAUAGGAAUUAAAUCACAAAACCAGGACAUUUUAUUGACUUUUCCACACCCAUAAAAUGCAUUGGUUUGCCUUUUUGCAUACUGAAAUGACAGAUUUCUCUAACCCUUUCAUAUACUUUGACUAGUGAAAUAUCCUAUCCCUUUCAUAUACCUUAAGCCUGAAAAAGGUUAACCCCUUUUAGGUGGACCCUCCCUGUGUAAUGUGUAUAAGCCAUUGUACCCCCCCCCCACCCCUGGGGAGGGGGUGAAAUGGAUUUGUCGGUGAUAAUAAUAGGCUAAGGAGGGGAGUGCAUGGGUAAACGAAUAUUUUAAAGAUCAAAGUUACAAGUAUCAAGAUGGAGACUUUUUUAUACAAGCAUACAUGCCACACCAAGGCCCAGUCACUUGACAAGCACCCCUUCCAGUUUUAUCAGAGGGGUCAACAAUUCACCCCUGGAUCGAAUUUGGGUGGUUUUUAACUAUACGUUUCUCUUAUGCAAAUUGCAGCUUACAUGGCAGGUCGUAAUAUCAUACAUGGGGAUUGUGGCUUAGGUCAUCUUACGUUCAAGGGCUAUAAGCAGGAGGAAAUGAAUGGAGAGAAUUUGCGUAAAGCAUAUGUUGACACUGGAUUCCUUUCCUCAAACUAUAGCGUACAUGAAGACUUCUUUAGGACUGAUGGUGAGUUAGUGUUUUGGUGUAAUACACUGUAAAGUGAGUUGAUAAGAAAAACUGAUGGUAGCUUCUACCAGUCAUAUUAAACUACUAUAGUAAAUACAUUAUUGUGAGAGGGUGUUUUCCCUUAAACUCACUCAAAAAGGGCCUCCUUCGACCCAAUUUCAAGAAUGGUUCACUCGAUAAAGAGGACCUUGCAAAUUUUAGACCAAUAACUAAUCUUGCAUUUGUGUCUUAACUCCUCUAAUGAGUUGCUACUUCCCAAACUAAGCACUAAGUCAUGGAGAACUGGCGUCUUUCAAAACUACAAGCUGCAUACCAACCAUUUCACAGCACAGAGACCACCCUGUUAAGGGUUCGCAAUGACAUUCUACACUCCAUUGACAAUGGUCAGGAAGUCAUCUUGGUCCUUUUGGACCUAUCAGCCAUAUUUGAUACCAUUUAUCACAUUUGAUAUCAUUGAUGUUGAUUGACAGACUCAAUACACAGUUUGGCAUCACGGGUACAGUUUUCAAGAGGUUCAAGUCUUACAUAAUUUCUAAGGUGAUCCCAAAUUGUUGUUAUCAGAUCUACAGCCUAAGCUAAGAGGUUUAAGCCCUUAUUCCUCAGAGCUCAGAUUUAGAGCCUAGUACAGUACAGCUGCCAAUAUGAAAUGACAGCAGGGAAUUUUAUUCUAUGCACUCCCUUGAGGCCUUAAUACAGGGUGGCAAAGUGGGGUGGGGGUACAUGUACCUAUCACACAUCACACUGAAUUUUUUUUUAUGGCCAUCACGCAUCAAGGGGAAAAAUUAGUCGUAAUGCAUCACUCAAAUGAGGUGCAAUUGCCAUAAGUUUGUUAACCGCAAUGUCUUAACCCAUUGAAUAUGAUCAUGCAGCCAAAUUUUAAUCAGCAUCCUUUUUGGGUAAGAUUUGGAAAGACUACUUAAGAAGAAUCGAUAUAUAUUGAAAACGACUGGAACCGAUACAUUUUUCACCCCAAAACUUACUUGUAUCGUCAAAAUUCAGUCAUGGUGUACUUCUUUUGUUUUCUUUUGAAGUUCGUUAACAGUUAAUUGAAUGAGCAUAAUGGUACAAACAAGAAAAAGGACCAGAAAAUGUCAUGACGGACUAUCUGUUUUUGAUGUCUUUGCUUCUAGUUUCAAAUGAUAUAAUUUCACCAAUCAAGGAAUCCAAAAAGGAAAAUCACGCAUCAUGUGUUAUGGAAACAGUAAAUCAUGCACCACCCUGUUCUGUGCCCAAUUACACCUCAAGGGGCUAAGUUUGGAUGGUUCACGCAUCAUGCUCGUAAUUUAGGACUCAUUACGCAUGACGAAACCCCUGUGCCACCCUGUUUUACACUCUGUGAAGAUGUUACAAGGUUGGUACAGGUCAUGGAAAACAUGGAAAGUCAUGGAAUUUAAGAAUUUCAUUUUCAAGGCCUGGAAAGUCAUGAAAUUUAAUUUUCUGUCCUUGAAGGCCAUGGAAAAUUGAAGUUUUGUUUGGUAGAUUAGUUGCUACAGACAUUAAUCAACGAUAAUGUAAGGCAAAGAGGAGUAAUAAAUUCAACAGCACAAACGACAUGCAGUUUGGUGGAUACCAGAGUGUUUCUGUUUAACUGUUUAAGGUCAAAAAAUAUACUAAAACAAGUAAAGUUUUGAAAAUUUUCGGAAGUGACAGCUAAACCUGAGGUCAUGGAAAACUAGAAAAGGUCAUGGAAAAAGUCAUGGCAAAAGUCAUGGAAUUUUAAGAACUCAAAAGAGUACAAACCCUGUGAUAUUUCCCGGCUGUCUGCGGCAAUAUAAUGACUACAUGAUGAAUAUAACUAGCUUUUAACUAAUUUCUUGUUUGCAACUUGCAGAUAUGUCAAGAACGAGACAGGUAAGGUUAAACUAAUGACUUCCAGUUACGUGAUUAAUAAAAUUAUUUGAUAACAAUCGAACCUCCAUGUGCGACCACCCCUCCUAGGUGACAGCCUCCAAUAAGCGACCACAGGCCCAAAACAGCAAAAUUUUCUUGGUCAAAACCCUGUAGUUUGAACCUCUUGUAAGUGACCGCAACCUGACUUUUUGGGGUACCUGUGUUUUAUAAUAAUUUUUUCAAUUAUUGUUAAUCUCUUGUGAGCGAUUACAGCUUUACAGAUGAUCUGAUCUUUUAGUGACAACAUGGAACUACGCCUAGGUAACACAGAAAUAAAUUGCAUGCAAUGAAUUUUUUUCCAAAGAGUAGACAUGUGGGGACCUCUUCUUGGAAGAGACCGCAUGUGGUUUGAUUCAUGUAAGUGACCACUAAAUCUUUGCAUUGUUGGUGAUUGCUUACAGGAGGUUCGACUGUAUUAAUUUAUUUGAAUUUAACAAUUGAUGGCCAUUAUAUUCUGAAGAUAAAUAUGAUUGCAAGGUGCUUGUUUGUUUCCAGUCUGUUUGAUACUGAUAUAACACAGUUAUUUGUCCUUAAGGUUAGUUGAGAGGCAUAGCACUUGCAUGAGGGUGUAUGGAAAAGCCAGAAUCCGGAAUCCGGAAUCCGGAAUCCGGAAUCCGGAACCGGAAACGGAAACGGAGCCGGAACCGGAACCGGAACCGGAGCCCGAACCUAAGAAAUAAAACUUGGAGACGUUUCUGUCUUAAGAGUGUCACUAACAAUUAUUGCUCGAUCAAGACUUUUCAUCCCCACAUUAUAUUUAUUUAUUGUUUGAAUAUUUUUUACUGUCGCAUUUUUUGCGUACGGCGCCAAAUUUUUCUUCGCGAAUUUCAUAUACGCGUGAGGGUUGCAACCUGGGAUCAUGAUUGACAUGAGUACUCCUCCCUUUGCCGCCUUUUCCUCACAAUGGAUGAAACACGGAGCCCUUUUAAGAAAUGAGUAACUUUGGCUCAAGAGAAGGAAAUGAAUAACACAGAGGUCUUAAACAUCACAUACUAAUAAUGGCUGUUUUUCGCAGUCAAUCGGCUUCUGAUUAGUUGUAGUCUCGAUCUGUCAAAAAUUGCUCGACCUACAGCUGCAGUCACAGUUUAUGCCUGCUAGGAAUAACAGUAGGAUGCACUUACCUUUUUUUUCGCAAGUCACUUUCCGAAUGUGAGUAUACCUUUGGUAUCACGAUCACUGUGCUGAAAAUUUCUCAAAACAAUGAUAACAGAGGACGCCAUCUUGAAUUUUAUUCCCACACGGGUAUCGGGAACUGGUUUUAGUGCUUCCCAGUUUACCCUGGUCUCAAUUUAAGUUCCGGUUCCGGUUCCGUGUCUGUUUCCGGUUCCGGAUUCCGUCCGGAUUCCAGCUUUUCCAUACGUCCCUUGCAUGAGCAGAGAUGCUGCAAGGUUUGAGAAGUGGCUAUUUUCAUCUCUUGCACAUUUUGCUCAAUGAUCUUAUAAUGAGAGAAUCUUUUUUUUCUCUUCCGGUUGGCGCAUUAAGAUAAAUGGGUGUCAUCACUUUGAGUAUUGCUGUGCUGUUAAAAGAAUCCUAUCAGGUGUAUUCCAUUCAAAUCAGAAGAUCUUAAGCAAUAUACAGUCCAACCUCCACUAAUAGCCACCUGGCUACCCCUCCACAACAGUCACAGAUCUACAAACAGCCACUUUUUGGGUCAAGUUAGGGAAACUGACCACUUGCCCCUCCCUAAGCCAACACUAAUGCUCACUUCUCACUCAGGGCAAAGUGUUGGCUAAGGGGAGGGGUAGGUGUGCAGUUUCCCGGAAACCUAAAUUGAUCCCACUUUUUUUGGCAGGCAGCUCCAUACAUUGACUCUUGUUUAGGCCUCUCUUUCUCUACAACAUCCACCUCUCUGCAACAACCACUUGUUUCUGUCCCCAAAGUGGCUGUUGAGAUCAAGAGGUACAACUGUACUUAAUCACAAAUUCCCCUCAAGAUUUUGUUUUUGCCCAUCUUGAACUGAAAGGUUGUAUGUUUGGUUUACUUAGUCAGCUCAGGCUCUUGGAAUAGGAUUAUUCCCCCCACCAUCAUCAUCAUCAGGCAAAGCACAAGUUGUUGAUAUUCAUGUCAUGGAUAAAUUAUAUGAUGAUAUUGAGCCAAAUGCAAAGUAAGUUUUGUUAAUAACCCAUACACUUACAGGUUGAAACGAGGCUGGAGUUGAUCCUGUUUUUAUACAACCCUUCCUGCUUUGUUAUGCAAAUCAUGGUCUUUAUGUUAACUAGGAGAAGGUUUGUAUCAAAACAAGCUCAACCUCAGCCUCACGUUCACUCAAAGGAAACUAAGCCCACAACUGAAAAAUGGCCUAUCAGGCAUCAGUCACUUCUCUUUCUGAACAAUGUUGUUUGCCAAGCUGAGGAUUAAGCUGAUUGUAUGCAUGGUCAAAUGGUGGACAAAUUUCUGAAAAUCUAGUAAAUCCUGUGGUCUUAGAAUUCUAAGAAGAGCUUUGCUUUCUGUAAACUUAGCUGAUAUGUCUGAACCAUAUGGCCAAGACUUAUUUUGUCUUUGCUGGAAAAUACUUGAGAAUUAUUAUUUGUUAUAAAAUUAUGCUACGUCAGCUUGUAGGUAGUGAACCAGCUGGCUAGAUGAGAUUGCAUAGUGCUUUUUGCGGAUGAGCUGCUCUGCUUAGCGAGGGAUUUUCGCAACUGUGAGGGAUGUUGAUUCAUCCCGAUUCAUCUCAUCUCUCUCAUCAGUGCCGGUGGAAUGAACCAGUCACCCGCGGUAAAUCCCGCUCGCAGGCUAAUAGGGUCUUUUUCUGGCAUUUUUAAGAAGUGAAACAAAUUAUUCGGCAAGUAUUUAAUUUGCGGGUCAAAGAUUCAUGGUAGAUACUCCAAUAUUUUUUUCAGAAGAGAUUAAGACAAGUCUAGUUUUAUAAACGAUAAAACAUAGUUUUGUUUGAAGGUUUUAUUUCAAGUGACCGGUGGAAUGUGACCUGUACCUGAAACUUGUAGGGCUUUAGUUUAGAUCCUAUAGUUUACAAAAACUUCUAAAAAAGAAUACUCUAGAUUUGUCAGUUGUUAUAUAAAUAUUGUUAAAAUUUCUAAUAUAGAGCUGACGUUUUCAAUGCCUUGCUUUCAGUCUUUGCCCCAAGUUGGAACAAUAUGAGAAGGAAUUUUUUGCGAGUGAUAUGUGGAAAAAGCAUUAUGCCGAAACGACUGCACCCCUGUUAGCUGAGGUCCAGAAGGCACUUGGUCUGAAAUACACUUUGAGUAAGUGAACUUCCUGUGAUAUUUUGCUGGUUCUUUGAAGUUUUAUUCAAUUUAAGUUUGUAAUGACAACAGCUAAUGACUUGUGGUGCUUAAAGUUAAGGUCCAUUUGUCACCAGUGGAACAAAUUUGUAACCGGAAAAAACAGGUCUCCAUUCUGCAAUGUAGAAAGGAAGCCGUUUAAUUACUCUUUUCAAAAAUUCAAUAUAUUGUCAUUUCAUGUUGCUGGUUUUUUUUUUUGUGAAUACACAUGAAUGUACAUUAUAUAUAAUAUAUCUCUUCUGUGGACCAGUUUGUAACUAAAAUUAGACUGCAAGGGUGGGUUUCUUUCUCUGCUGGUAAGGCGUGAACUGUGAAGGGAGCGUAGAUUAAGUGAACAACUCAUUUUGGCUUGGUAUUAAUGACCAACGCCAAAUUAAAGUUGUUUUAUGGCCCUUGUAUGUUGUUUUAUCAUGAUUUCACUGUAAUGGCAGCUUUAAAAAAGAUUUACCUCAUAAGAAUAACGCCGCCUCUGGGUCCUUGUUCAUGAAAUUAGUAAUUUUAUCUACUUAUACAAAUUGUCACAUGUACCCUCAGCAAUCGACGGCUUGCUUCAUGUCAAUGAUUGCUUGAUGACCCACCUUUGCCAUGGUUUUGCCAUCCCAUCCUCUGUGACACAAGACUUGUUGGAUCGUAUCGCUACCGAGUUAACAUACACGUCCUACUCAACAUUCAGCUACCCUUCCAUUCAAGAUUACUCCAGAGUUGGCAUCGGCUUUCUGAUUGCUGAGAUGUGGCAGGUACAACUGUAAAAAAGGCACAAACAUAUUUAACUGUAACUUGCUGGUUUUUUCCCCAUUAUUAUAAUAAAAUUACGUACAAUAAUAGUUAGGAGAAAAAAAAAAGGCUGGGGCUAAGGGCAAAUGAUAGUUGAACUAAUCUGAUCUUGCCCGAAAAAUUAGAAAAAAAUCUUUAACCUAGUGGAUACUAGAAGUAAAAAUGUUAAUAUAGAAAGAGCAGACGAAGGAAACGUCCUCCUUUCUCAUUAUGUUAUGCUUUGUAAAUAAUAAUAGAUCCUUUAUUUAAACACGAUCAGUGAUUAGAGCUUUUAGUUGAAGUGCACUAAUUAUUAUUGUUAUUAUUAUUAUUAUUAUUAUUAAUUCUACGAGUGAAUCAGGAUAUUUUUUAG